GACCCCUGACCUUCGUUCCCCUCCCCCCCUUUACCCUGCAGCUGACCCCUUGACCACUCCCACCGCUGACCCCGUGACCUCGGAGAGUCAAACUAUCAUUCUAAGGUCACCCUUCACUCAAUUUUGAUGAUCUGUUUUACCACAAAGUUUAAAAGUGCAAGAGUUUAAAACUUCCUUAUACCACGAGUAAAUAUUAGGAAAUUAUUGAAACCUUAUGUUAAGAGAUAUCAAAUGAAGUAAUAAUAGUACAAUAAACGUCUUUACUCUGAUGAUAACACCGGAAAAAAUUGAAGACAACAUGGCGACUCAGAACAACUCUCACUAUAUAAACAAUAACAUAGCAGUCACAGGUCGUCACUUCACCUCUGUUCAGUCCACCUUGUCCACCGGUCCCACCUCCCUGGCUCACCACCACCACCACCACCACCACUACCACCACCAAGCCACAAGACACACGCCGAAGACCAAGGCGAUGGAGUCACCGAAGGAUACCAUUGUGGAGUUCUGUGAGGAGACGUCCUUCCAUGGUAUCAAGUACUUCGUCAGGAAGGACUUCUCAGUAAUCAAACGGUUGUUCUGGCUGCUGUGUUGGCUGGUGUCAUUCAUCGCGUGUUGUUAUUACAUCACCACCAACAUCAGCGAGUUCCAGAGCUCACCCACUCUCAUCUCCAUCGACUCCACCACCUCCCCGAUCUCUAAGGUUGAUUUCCCUUCCAUCACUUUCUGUAACUUCAACCACAUCUUAAAGAGUCGCCAUCCGCCCACCCAGGAGGAUGUCGUCGGCAGAAUGAAGUACAAGGCUGACCACUGGACUACACUGACACGUGGAGUCUAUCAAAAUCUAUUCAGCAGUGAACCUCUGAGGGAACUUGUUAACUCCAGCGUUCUGAGCCUCGACGAUCAAGAAGUUCACUGUAUCAUUAAGGAGAGCGCCCAGCGGUGUGAGGACAUGAUCCUCUUCUGCCUGUGGAGCGACAGUGAGGACUGCACCAAAUACGUCACCCAGGUCCCUACUACCUACGGCUUCUGCUGCAUCAUCAACCUCACCCAAAACAUGAGCAAGGCCACGAAUCUAGACCUGUGCCCGGGUGAUGUACAACGCUCAGGGCUCAAGACCACCACGACUACUAAACACACCACAGAUACUACAGCAGAAGGAGGUCACAGUAACGUCGCCGUCAGUGCUGCUGGGAUGGAUCAAGGCCUGACGGUACUGCUUGAUGCUCAGGUGGAGGAGUACUUCUACAGCACCUUCCACUCCGUUGGCUUCAAGAUUCAUCUCCAGGAACCAAACGGGCCGUCUGGUCUUGGUCCUUAUAGCGUGGUCGUGUCUACUGGGAAAGAAGCCUUCAUUCCUAUAGAAGCUCACACUACCUUCACUACUAUGGCCGCCUCACAGCUCCGUCCCGACCAGAGGAAGUGUUACCAAGACGGCGAACACAUUUUAAAGACGUCCCCUAAAGCUUAUUCGCACGAGGCGUGUAUCCUGAACUUGGAAACAACUCACCUGGUGAAGGCGUGUGGCUGUAGGAAGUAUCACAUGCCAGGAAGAGACGCUAUCUGCUUCACCCAGGAGCAGAUAGGCUGUAUGAGAAACGAUUCCAGAGUCUGGCACGAUAAACUACACAGGGAGGAUGAAGGAAGCGAGUCAUGUUAUUCUCGCUGUAACACCACCACCUACCUAGCCACUCCCAGCUACGCCUCCCUACCCACGCCCUACAUGGAGAAGACUACCCUGGCCCUCAAGUUCCUCUUACCGACCAUUAAGGCGAUGUGUCAACGUGGAAUACUGAAAAAAAUAGAGACGACAGAUCUUCGGAAUGGGUCUAGAGUUGAUCCUUGUAACUUGAAGGACGAGGAGGACGUGGAACACUUAAUGCAGAGCAACACACACAUCCAGACAGCCAUCAAGGAGUAUUUAAAGAAGAAUAUGGCGCUAGUGCAUGUGUUCUUCGAGCGGGCGACCUCUACCCAAUAUAAGAGAGAUGUUGCCGCCACGCCUAGUCAGCUCGUUGCCAACAUUGGCGGUCUGCUGGGUCUCUUCCUCGGCUUCAGUCUGCUGAGCGGGGCAGAGAUCAUCUUCUACUUAUCUAAGCUGCUGGCUGGAGGUGUCAGCCCCUACAUGAGAACUAGGAAGCCCUCAUAUGUCAAACCCUUCGCUUGAGGGGGUGUAGGAGGGAAGGACCUGACCUACCUGAGCACCCUCACGUGUCCACAUAAACAACCUAAUAUUAUCCGAGUGAGACUAAACAUUAUACCUGGCAAGAGGUUAACGGGUCAACCAACUUAGUGGCCCCGUGACCCUGACUUUACCUCCAAUAUCAAGAAUUACAGAGUCUAAUUUCAAGUGAGAUGGAUACAGUAUUUAAAAAAUAAUCAAAUUAGAAUUACAUAAAUUAUUUUUAAUAAUUCUAACUAUAUUCCAAAUGACUAUUCAAGUUAAGCGAGUUUUCAAUACAUACAAAGUUGGUUUUUAAAGUCUCAAACAGUUUAGUAUCUAACAUGUACUGGGAGUGAAGUUAUAGGGGUAAUAAUCCAGCCUCGGGAGUAUAAGAGAUGAAGUUGGU